CGUGAAUGUUUCGGAUUUCACUCUCACACCGAUGAAUUGCACUGAGAGUCAGUAGUCAGCUGUACACAAUUAAACGGGAAAAAAGCAUCACACUGUCGAGCAUAGACACAGACACACACACACAACACCUUAUCAACGACACAACACACUGAGACUGAGUUUGAGACAGAAAGCCUCAGCCACCCAUCUGCUGUCUACGUCCGCCUUCCUCUCCUCCGUCUUGCCGUCUCCCUACUGGGAGGCCGCGCCCCAACAGCCGACAAGAUAUCGCUCGUCCGGAAGUAGUAGAUCUCCUUGUCACUCUCAUACUCGGGCGUAUUCCCCGUGGUCAGCACCUCCUGCACAGGAAACACGCCUGCCGGCUCCACGCCCAUCGCACGCAGCUCAUCCAGGCCUGAGGGGCCGAUAUAGAGUACACCCCCCUCACCCAACACAUGGCUGAUGUCGCUGUCGGCGGCCGAUAGCGGUCCUGCGCGGAGGUUCUUGGCGACCCACUGGAUGAAUUGGGGCAUGUUGGUGACGGACCUGGCCACGACGAAGUCACAUAGGCCCCGCAGCUCCUCGACGCGCAUGCACACGGGCUGCAGCAUGCAAUGUUGCAAUCAAGGACACACAGUGGUCGCCUCUUGGCGUAUUUGUUACCUCGACGUUUCUGAGGUUCAGUCGCUUGACUGCAUCGUCGACCACCAUCACCUGCAUGGCCAUGACACAGCCAAAGAACACAGAAAUGCUCCAUUGCGGUGCCCCCUUUCCUCUGUGAUCGAUCAUCUCACCUUCUUCCGAAUGCUAUCCACGAGGGUGAAGUCCACAUCAGGGUUGCAUAUAGCGAGCGGCAUGCCGGGGAACCCCCCGCCAGUGCCCACAUCCAUCACACGCAGCCCCUGCCCAUCUCCCCCUCCCUCUCCACCUCUCCUCUUCUGUGCCGCCUUGAGCAGUGGGUGCAGCGCGAGUGAGGGCAGCAUGUGGUUGCCCCACACAUUCUGCACGUCCUUGCGGCUGAUGAGGUUGAUCUUGUCGUUCCACCCACACACGAUGUCGACGAAGUGCUGCAGCCGCAACACCUUCUCCCUCGACAGGCCGAGGCACUGCUCGAGGAUCUGCCGCUCAGAAUCGGUGGGCGAUGGGUAUGCGACGACGCUCUCAGGCUCGUCCCUUCGGACCGCUCUGGCUGCAGCAAGUGUUGCAAAGCCACUACUACUCGACGGAAGGACAGCUCGCUGCGAUGGGAUGUGAUGAAGUAACAAAGGCCGGAGGGCAAAGAACAGGAUGGGAUGAAUCAU